AUGGAAACUCCAAAGAUACCGGCUCCAAAGGACGAAGGUGAAAGGGAGGUACUCGAAAAGCUAAUUGCAAUUCGCGAUCAAUUGCAAUUACGCAAACUCGACCGCACGACCUACGUUCGAACCCAAGAUGUCAUGAUUUUAUAUGACCAGACCAUUGAGCAGGUCAGAAUCCUGAACGAGGUUAGACAUGGGAAGUCGGUUGAAGAGAAUAGAGGUAGCGGAAGCGUCUCGCUGUUGGUGGAUCGAUGUUUAGAGUAUACGAAAAUUGUCCUCGAAAAAAACGGCCAAUUUCCUGACAAGUGGAGGCCAAUUUACGAUGUACUCGUUGGCAUUAGGAAUGACCUUGAUAAGUUGUCGUUGACUCAAGCGUGGUCACUGCGAGAAACGGACUUGUACGACUACCAACGACAACUCGACAGGAUCGACGAAAGCAGAGUAAAUGGAAAUUGGGUAGACGAUCAGGGGCAACCAGCUGAACUUUAUGUUCAACGGACGCUUCUUUACUUAAUCCGAAGGAGCUACGGUUAUAUCUAUCAUCUUAUGAUAUCGUCAGAGCCGGUUUCUGAGGCUCUAUUGCCGAUUUACAAUCAACUGCAGACGUUAAAACGUUGCCUCGUCGAGGUAAAGAACAGCGGUGGGCGUAACAUCAGUGAGGGAGCUUUACCCUUAUAG